AUGUUCUCCCAGAACAAGUUUCUAUGGGACUAUAUGAAGCAAACAAAGCAGCUAGAUAAGGUCUGUAGCCCAAGAGACCUCACAAUCAAAUGCUCAACAAAGUCAUCUUGUUCCUGUGAAAAGCCAAACUAUGGAAGGAGGAGAUACAAGAACAGGUCAUUCCAACCGAGGACUCCAUGGAAAUUCCUCCGGAGAAAGAAUAGACCAGGCAAGUCUUCUAAUAGAUGUUUCUUGUGCGGACUGAAAGGUCACUUUGCUAAGCAAUGUCCAAAAGGCAAAACAGCGAAAAUGUUCUCACACAUCCAGGAUGUAACAGGCGUAUCUCUCUCCGACGAUGAUGUAGAAUCUGUAUUCUCUAUAGAAUAUGAAAUAUCUCCAUAUACUGUUUGUGCCUUACGACCAUUCUCAAACUCAGACAACGAUAGUGGUGGAGGAAUCUUCAAAAUGAAUGCCAUAAAUUCAGUUCAACCCAUCCUUAUGGAAAAAAUGCAGAUUAUCCCAACCAAAUACUCAAAACCAAUCAAAGUAGCUGCCUUCUUUGAUACUGGAGCCUCCUAUACAAUCAUGAAUCCUGAUAUACUACCGCCUGAAUUCUGGAAGAAAAAGAAACAGUUUUUCCAUGCAGCAAAUAACCAAACUUUUUGCACAGAACUGAUCAGCAAGCCUAUCAAGCUGCAAUUCAUUCCAGGUUGCUCAAUAGUCCACCAGGUCAUUAGCUCCAAACUUCCGAUAAAAGAUUUAAUUAUAGGUUUUGACCUAUACCCAAAGAAAAAAGGUCUGAGAAUACUUCCACAUGGAUUGGCAUACAAGCAAUACUUUACUCCAUGGGAACAAGUUCAGAACUACUUUCAUAUGACUGAAGAUUGUCUAACAUCGAUCAAGGAACGCAUUAUCCAAAAAUCAUGUGCUAAUUCCCAUAUGGAGUUAUCGCAUAAAUACAACCACCAACUGUGGAAAAAUGAAGAAUUCUUCAUUUCCCUUCCAUUUAAGAUGAAUGAAGAUGCCAACCCAAUUAAAGCAAUGCAUCUUGGAAUGAACCCCGACCACCAAAGUUUGGCAAACAAGGAAUGCAAAGAGCUAAAAGCGCAAGGAUUAAUCGAAGAAACUGAAUCUCCAUGGGCCUGCCAUGCAUUCUACGUCAACAAUAGAUCAGAACAAGCUCGAGGAAAGCAAAGAUUGGUAAUAAACUACCAACCGCUCAACCACUUCCUAACAGAUGACAAGUUUCCUCUGCCAAACAGAAAUUCCUUGUUCUCCAGCCUAUCACAAGCAAAGGUAUUUUCCAAAUUUGACCUAAAAGCAAGCUUUUGGCAAUUAGGAGUCAAAGUAGAAGACAGGCCGAAAACAACUCUCUGUAUCCCAAACCAUCAUUUCCAAUGGAUUGUAAUGCCAUUUUGGCUCAAAACAGCCCAUCCCUCUUCCAAAAAGCCAUGA